AUGGCGGAAAAAAAUGUGGCAAAUACAAAUGCUGGAAAUGAAGAGCUUGUUUUUCUUGCAAAUGCGAUCAAGGAGGGUAGAAAAAGGCGACUUAAGAUGCAGUUGGCAUUAAACAACCUUGCUGCCAGGAGAAGACGAGUUUUGAAUUUGGCUUGCCUUGUAUUAUUGCUUAUUUCCCAUAGGAACGUCACAGUUCCUCGUCCAGUUCGUUCGUGUCGUCGGCUAAAAAGAAAUUCUGGCUGGUGGCAAAAUGUUUGCAACAUCUAUUCAGACGCAAGAUUCAAAAAAACCUUCAGAGUAUCUAGGGGGACAUUUAAUUUCAUCCUGAGACGUAUUGAACCCUUCCUUAUUCGGCAAACUGUGACGGAAGAACCGAUAUCACCAGCGCUGAGGCUUGCUAUUUGUCUGUAUAGACUAAGCCGAGGAGAUUAUUUCUAUACCAUCGCCGAAAUGUCUGGACUAGGCGUCUCCACAAUUUCCUCAAUUUGUCAGGAAGUCUGUCAAGUCUUGGUGGACCAUUUAUGGAACGAGAAUGUGUCAAGUCACAUGCCCCAAACUGAAGAAGAGUUUAAACAAAAAAUUCUUGACAUGGAAGAAUUCUGGCAAUUUCCAUGCUGUUGGACAGCAUCGGAUGGCUGCCAUAUUCCUAUGAAAUGCCCGCCUGGAGGACUUCAGUCAUGCAAAGAGUACCAUAACUUUAAAAAUUUCUAUUCCAUUGUACUGAUGGCAAUGGUAGACUCACAUUACAGAUUUGUGUGGGGUAGCUGCGGGUUUCCAGGAAAUUCUCACGACGCAGUUAUUUUUAGAUCAACCGACCUUUGGACCCGUAUCCAAGAAGGCCUCAUUCCAGUAAUUGGAAAAACUGUAGGAGAUGUUACUGUUCCACCACUUGUAGUGGGGGACUCUGCAUUCCCUCUACGAACAUGGUUGAUGAAACCAUAUACUAAUGCAAUUCUGACCCCCAAGCAACGUUACUUUAAUUACCGCUUAAGCAGAGCUCGCAUGGUUACAGAGGGUGCUUAUGGGCAGCUCAAGGGUAGGUGGAGGGUCCUACUCCGAAAGAGUGAAAGCAGUCAAGAUAAUGUCCGCUUAACAACAUUGGCAUGUAUGGUUCUCCACAAUAUAUGCAUUGCACGAGGAGAUGCCAUUUCAAAAAAGCUUGAUUUGAGUUUGGAUGCAAAUGGUCAAAAGAGAAAUCGUGAGGAAAUAAGAAAACUGUUGCAGAUGAGAAAUUGUUCAAGCAUCAGAGAUGUGUCACUGGAGGCAAAAAAAGUAAGGAAUGCACUAUGUGAAAAACUAUGGCUUGAGAAGGAAACUGGCAAAGUCUGUUAA